GGCGUCCUCGCUACAUGUAAUCGGUCAGAUACGCAGUAGGACUCCUUGAUCUCGGUUCUCUCAUACUUGAUUAGUAUGGGUUGGUUAUAUUGAUGUGAGGCGUGUUGAACCGUCCUGCUGGUAGAGAGGGGUAGGUAUUGCUGGCGAGGUUGUUAUUGGCGGGGGACCGGGUUUUGGGACAGACUGUUGGUAUCACGUGAUGCUAACCCCGCCGCCAUCGAGGCCUUCCAUGACAAGCGCCAAAUGCGAUGCGCAACAAAACGGAACUUCCCUGCAUCCAGUAUCAUGUGAUGCUAAUCCCAUCGCCAUCAAAACAGCGUUCGACAGGACACCAAUGCGAUGUGCAACAAAACUCCCUUAUAUCACGUGAUCAGAAGAUUCUUUCGGAUGAGGAACCUCAGGCAGAGAUCUGUAUCCGUCGAGGUGCGCGACCGACCGCUUGUCAAGCUGCUCUGUCACUGCACAGCAUCGCUCUCGCAUCCAUCUUCGCCUUCGAGGGGAGCGCGAGUCGAGGGACAUGGCCUAUCAUGUUGAGUUUUGACUCAAAAAAGAAACAGAACCGCUCUCGACGCACAGAGGAUUACUGUACAGGACAUACGGGCAUGCGGGACAUAUGGACAAGGACAGCAGCGGACGAUGGCUGUGGGGGAUGGAUCGGCACUUUGGAAGGAGGAUCGAGUCGAGGGAGGAGAGUUGGGAGUGGUCUUACUGGUGAGCGAAAACAAUGGAUUAUAAUUGGCUAUGAUUGGAGGUCGCUGGAGGGGUGAAGCUGCCGACCGUUUAGCAGCAGCAGCUGGUGCUGAGCUCCGCGAGCUCUGAUAAAGCUUCCCUGGCAUGGCGGGCCGUGGCGAUAGACUCGAUAGGGA